AUGGCAACGAACUACCUUUUCUCCCCGUCCCUCACUCCAAGCACUCCUCUCCCUACAAAUUUCAAAUUUAGACCUCUAUCCCGCGACGACUACGACGCAGGUCACCUAGACGUCCUGCGUGAUCUCGCUGAGGUAGGACCAAUCACCAAGGAGCAGUGGACGGAACGAUAUGAUUGGAUGAAGGGGUCUCAGGGGAGUUAUUAUGUGCUGGUUAUUGAACAUGAGGGUAAAGUUGUUGGGACGGGGACGUUGAUUGCGGAGAAGAAAUUUCCGUUAAGUCUGUUUCGCUUAGGAGUUCAAGGUCAUAUCGAGGAUAUCUCUAUCAAAAAGGAGUUUCAGGGGAAGGGGUUGGGGAAGGCUUUACUUGCUGCGUUAGGUGAGGUUGCCAAGGGGGCCGGAUGUUAUAAGAGUAUCUUGGAUUGUAACGCUCAGAAAUCGGAGUUUUAUGUCAAGUGCGGGUUUGAGAAGAAGGGCAUGGAGAUGGAAAUGUAUUUUGAUGAGGAAGCUAGGAAAUUUAGUGUAUAA